CUCAGCUUACUGUGAAUGCAACAAACAGAUUUACAACUUCAUCCGUAAAUAAUCAAACCGGAUACUUUAAUGAUUUGUUACAAGAAAUUUCUAAAAAAGUACCAGUCAGGCGUGAACGUCUAACUACAGAUGGACAUUUUCAGUAUGUUCAGAGCAUAUCUGGCACAAAUCUUCAAUUUUCUAUCCAGAUAAGUUCGAUAAUUUCAACACAGAAUGAAAUUUCUGUUCCAGGGGUGAUAUCAAGUUUAGAUAACAUGAUUAAGUAUAAAACUAUCACUACUUUUGCCUCUGGUUUGACAAGUGAUUUAGAUUCAACUUAUGGGUUUAAGCAAAAAAGCAAUUUAUUUGGUGAAUAUAAAACGUCAAUUACUUCUUUUGCUGUGUUUUCUUUGGUGAACAUAGUAUUAUAUGGUAUUUCUCAAUUUGCCAAGAGUGAUAGUGAACUGGAGGCAAAUGAUAAAGACAAUAUGCUUAAUCAUGGGUUAAGAUUUCUUAAUGGAGUUACAGGCGGAUUUUUCGUUAUCUCACACUCUUAUUUCUUCACCCAUUUUUCCUUUGAUGACACUAAUAGUAAACCGGAAUUCAGUUUACCAAGGUAA